AUGGAGCUUUCAUGGACCCUAUUACUCUCCGCCACCGGCCUGCUCUUAUUUGGCUAUUUCUAUCACGUGAACCGGGCCAUGUCAGUCCUUCCAGAAGAAGCCGAGAAGAUAGCCAGUAAGCCGUGGACGAAGGAAGAAAUUCUAGCCGCAUAUGAGAAGUGCCGCCGAGAGAGGCCGGAUUUCAAAAAGGAUCUCCCGCCAAAGCAAAACAGGCGAUAUGUCGUGUUUGGAGGAUCAGGUCUUGUCGGCGGCUGGCUCGUCGAGCACCUGAUCAUACGAGGAGAAAACCCAUUGGCCAUCCGCAUCGCUGACCUCCAAGCACCUCGGCGAGAUCAAGCGGUCAAGCAGCGUGUCCCAUACUUCAAGGCCGAUGUCACCGACGCAGCCUCUGUCUCCAAGGUCUUCACUACUCCGUGGCCGGCCGAACAUGCACAGUUGCCUCUGACAGUCUUCCAUACUGUCGCUUAUAUCCACGCUGGCUACCGCAAGGCAGACUUCCUCGACACGUACAUGAAGGUCAACGUCGAGGGCACGGAGAACGUCCUCAAGGCGGCGAAAGCGGCGCGCUGUGAUGUAUUCAUCGCGACCUCAUCUUGCAGCACGGCUAUCAGACCUCUCGAUUUCUUCGUCUACCCGUGGGAGAAGCACCCGCGAAACUUUGUUCAGCUCUCGGAGAAUGGCGAACCGCCACCCCUGAAGCUGGAGAACUUUGCAGGUUGCUAUGCUUAUACCAAGGCGUUGGCGGAGAAAUUGGUGAGAGACGCUGACAGUAAGAGGGACUCGUUCAGGACUGGCGCCAUUAGACCCGGACACACCAUCUAUGGCCAUGGAGACCAGAACAAGAACUCCGUGGUCUAUGACUAUCUGCGGCGUGGAGGUCUGCAAACGUGGCUGACCCCUUUCGUCCUGCAAUACGUCUCAGCCCAGAACGUAUCUCUCGCUCACCUCCUGUACGAAGCGCGGCUACUCGCGGGCCACGAUAUCGGUGGCAAUGCCUACGCGGUGUGCGACCCUGGUCCCCCAUUCCGCUACAGUGACCUGUACCGAGCCAUGUCGACCCUGGCACACCCCAGCACGCCCAUCAGAUGGCCCGAGGUCCAGCCUCUCCCGCUCCUCCUAAUCGCCCAUCUUAUCGAAGGCUACAUGCUCCUCCGACGCCGCUAUCUCGGCUUCUUACCCGAGGUCACCAACUUUGACCUCUCGAUGCUUCAGCCCGCCGUGUUCAACUACUCCACUCUCGUCAUCAUCUACGACGAUUCGCGUGCCAGGCGAGAGCUGGGAUACAACACGAGCCACGACACGCUGGAGGGGGUGUGCCUGCAUAUGCUCGAGUGGAACGAGCAAGCGGAAGCGAGACUGAAGGCGAAAGGCGAGGCGGAGGAGGAGGUGGCGACUGUGCCUGAGAAGAGCGUUCCUGGAGUAGCACAGCGUGUUGCGGCCUGA